CCGGUUUCCGCCUUCCUCUCCCCUAUAUCUAACUCCCUAACUUUCCACGCACAAGCCCAAAUGAUCAGUACCACUAGCUCUCAGUUCUCAUACAACAACAAAUGGAGCAAACUCAUCAUAAGACCCACUUCCUUAUAACAACCUACCCGGCCCAAGGCCACAUAAACCCGUGCAUCCACCUCGCCGACCGCCUCGCCAAGACCACCGGGGCCCACAUCACCUUCUCCACCGCGGUCUCCGCCCACCGCAUAAUGUUCCCUAACCUCACCUCCGCCGACCAAGAAGUCGACGACGGCGGGCGCAGUCGCUCCUACUUCCCCUUCUCCGGCUUCGACGACGGAUAUAAGGCCGGGGUCGAUGACCCAGCCCUCUUCCUUUCAAACUCCAAAACCGUCAGCCCGAAGAGCCUCUCGUCGGUUAUCGCCACGCUCAACUCUCGCGGCCGACGGGUCGACUGCGUGAUUUAUGCCUUCAUGUUGUCAUGGGCCGCCGACGUGGCCCGCGAGCACGGGAUUCCGUCGGCCCAGUACUGGAUCCAGCCUGCCACCGUUUUCUCUAUAUACCAUGCUUUUCAUGGUUACGAGCAGCUCAUAGCCGCGCACUCUAAGGACCCCUUGUUUACGGUGGAACUGCCCGGACUGCCACCGAUGCGCAUCCGCGACAUUCCGUCGUUCUUGACUGUGCCGAGCACUUCAGGUGAUUUCUACUCGGCGCUCCACACCGUGGUGAAGGAGGCGUUCUUGACCUUGGACAGCGAGGUCAAGAAGAGCCCGACAAAGCCGAAGGUUUUGGUGAACACGUUCGAUGAGCUAGAAGCCGAUGCUCUCUCUGCCGUGGGCGACACGGAUGUGAUUGCAAUAGGUCCAGUUCUGCAGUCGGUUUCGGAGGGUAGUGCGAAAGCGUCAGGUUUCGAUCUGUUCAAGCCCGAUGAGAAGGGAUACAUGCAGUGGCUAGAUUCAAAGCCGGAGAAGUCGGUCGUCUAUGUGUCGUUCGGGAGCUUAGCGGUCCUAAAGGAGGAGCAAAUGGAUGAGAUUUUGAGAGGGUUGAAAGCGAGCGGAAGGCCGUACUUGUGGGUGGUGAGAAAAGACUGCAGGCUCGAAGGAGUACUCGAAUUGGAGGAACCGGGGGAGAGUGCAAUGGUCGUGGAGUGGUGCUCGCAAGCGCGAGUCCUGGCUCAUCCUUCGGUAGGAUGUUUCGUGACGCACUGUGGAUGGAAUUCGACGCUGGAGAGCCUCGCGUUUGGAGUGCCGACAGUUGCGGUGCCGCAGUGGACGGAUCAAGUGACGAAUGCGAUGUCUAUUGAGAGAGCAUGGGGAACCGGAGUCCGAGGUGAGGCCAAUGAAGAUGGUGUCUUGGAUGGUGAUGAGCUGAUGAGGUGUUUGGACUUGGUUAUGGGAGAUGGCGAAAGAGGGGAAGAGAUUAGGAGGAAAGCGGAGCUAUGGAAGGAGAGAGCUGCGGAGGCCACCAAUGAAGGAGGAUCGUCCGAUCGAAAUCUAAGGGCGUUUGUGAACGAGAUCGCUACAUCCAAUCAAAAUUGUCAUUAGAUUUGCUUGUCUCGUGCAACCACAAUUAAUGCGGGCUUAUUUAGUGUAUUAUUUUCCAAUAGCAGCAGAGGUGGAUGUCUGCAUCUGAUACAAAAAUAAUAAAUAAAUAAAGCAUUCUA